ACACUAGCGUCCGCUUCGUGUUUUGUUCUUGGCGCGUCAUUUUGUUUUGCGAAUAAUUCUAGGAAAAUGUAAAAUCGGACAUGGCCCAAUACUCGCCGCGCCAGUGCCUGGCCACGCCCGAAGCCACCGACUUUGGUUUCCCAUUCGCCCCAUACGGCAUCCAGGAACAGCUAAUGCAGGAGCUCUUCUCGGUGCUGGAGCGCCGACAGGUGGGCAUCUUCGAAAGUCCCACAGGCACAGGCAAGUCUCUGACCCUCACCUGCGGCGCCCUCACAUGGCUGCGCCAGCAUGAGGAGCUGGUGCGCUCCGAGCUGCUGCAGCGCAUCGCCGAGGUGGAGAAGGAAAUCGACCGCUUGCAGGCCUCCAGUGCACAGGCGGAGGACUGGAUCAGUGCCCAGAGUGAGUCCCGGAAGCAGCAGGUGGAGCUGCAGCAGCUAAACCGCCUCCGUUCGCUGCUGGAGCAGCGAGAACAGCAGCUAGCCAGGAUCAGGGAGCGCACCAAGGAGAGGAAGAAGCAUCACAAGUUCAGGACACGAACCAAGCCCGAAGGGGAACAGCAGCAGCCCGAGGACAUUGAGCCUCCCUCCGACGCAGAUGCUGACUCUGAUUCCGACCACGAGCUGGCCGACGGCCCCGAGGAGCAGUCGGAGGAUCGCUAUCGCGCCGUGCAGAUAUUUUUCUGUAGCCGCACCCACUCGCAGCUGUCACAGAUUGUGGCUGAGCUGCGGAAAACAUCACACGCGGCGUGGGUGCGUUGUGUCUCGCUGGGUUCCCGGCAGCAGCUGUGCAUCAAUCCGCAGGUGCGAAGGCUCCGGAACGUGGGCCUGAUGAACGAGCGCUGCCUGGACAUGGCCCGGAGCAAGGCCCCUGCCAAUCCCAGCAAGAAGUCUCGUCUGGCGGUUGGAGCCGCCACCUCGCUCAGUCGCUGCCCCUUCAAGACGCCCGCGCUGGUGGAGAGCCUCCGGGAUGUGGCCCUGUGCGAGCCGCUGGACAUCGAGGAACUAGCCGCCGAGGGCAGCGCCUGCGGGGGCUGCUCGUACUACGCCUCCCGCUCGGCCCAGGACGAUGCCCAGCUGGUGCUGCUGCCCUACCAGCUUCUCCUGCAGCAGUCUGCCCGCCAGCAGCUGGGCAUCGACCUACGUGGCUCCAUUGUGAUCGUGGACGAGGCGCAUAACCUUCUCGAAUCGAUUGCCCAGCUGCACGGCUCAGAGCUGACCCGCUCCCAGCUGGAGUUGGCACGCGACCAGGUCACCGGCUACAAGGAGCAGUAUGCGCGCCGCCUGAGCACCCGCAAUCUGCUGAGGAUCAACCAGUUGAUUUUCGUUAUGCGCCGUCUACUGAACCUGCUCGAGCCGAAGGCCAAAGGAGACGGAGCUCCGCCACAGCCACCGCCCGUGCGUAUGCUGCGCACCUAUGAGCUGUCAUCCGAGGGCGACUUUGACAACAUCGAUCUGCACGCCCUGCUGGAGUUCUGCGGCCGCACGCGGUUCGCCCAAAAGGUGCAGGGCCAUGCGGCCCGGGCGCAGAGGGAGCCGCGUCCCAGCGAGAACCAACCGCCCGCCUCCAGUCGACAGACGCUGCUGCAGCGCCUGGCCAUGCAGCAUCAGACGCUGGGGAAGCGGCCGCCGGGAAAGCGCAAGCUGGCCGAGACACAGCCAGAGGCAGAAGCAGAGUCGAAGGAGCCGCAGCUGGAGAGGCUGGCACCCUCGCCCAUUCGGCCGUUGUUGGCCUUCAUCGAGACGCUCACCAGCAAUGCCUCGGAUGGACGGGUGCUGCUUAAUGUUCAGGCGGGAAUCGUCAAGUAUCUGCUGCUGGAUCCCGCCGAGCACUUUGCCGACAUCCUUUCGGAGGCCAGAGCGAUUGUCAUUGCUGGUGGCACGAUGCAGCCCACGCAGGAGCUGAAGGAGCAACUGUUUGCCCGCUGCCCGGAGCGGCUGGUGGAGCGCUUCUACAGCCAUGUGGUGCCGCCGGAUGCGGUGCUGCCGUUUGUGGUGGCCAAGGGACCGACUGGAGCCAGCCUCUGCUUCAGCUAUGCCCAGCGUAGCACUCCCGUCAUGCUAAAGGAACUGUCGAUGGUGCUGCAGAACCUGUGCAAUAUCGUGCCUGCAGGCGUUGUUUGCUUCCUGCCGUCGUACGAGUACCUGGACACGGUGCACAGCCAUCUGGAGCAGAGCGGUGGCCUGGAGACCAUUGCCAGAAAAAAACGCAUCUUCCGCGAGUCCUCUGGGGCCGCAGAUCAGCUACUGCAGCAGUACGCAGAGGCUCCUGGCCUGCUGCUGGCCGUCGUCGGUGGUAAACUGUCCGAGGGACUGAACUUUGCCGACGAUCUGGGACGGGCCGUGCUCGUUGUGGGCUUGCCCUAUCCGAAUCGAAAUGCCCCCGAGUUGCAGCAGCGGAUGCAGCACCUGGACGGGCGCCUGGGCCCCGGAGCCGGCAACGAGUAUUACGAGAAUCUCUGCAUGAAGGCGGUCAAUCAGUGCAUCGGCCGCUCUGUGCGCCACAUACGGGACUACGCGUGUGUCUUUCUGCUGGACGAACGCUAUGCCAGCGACAGGAUUCGAGAUAAGUUGCCGGAAUGGAUAGCCGGGCACAUUGCGGAGCCCAACGGCAUUGGAUUCGGUGCAGUUCAGGCUCGAACCGCCCGCUUCUUCAAAAGUAGAUGAUGAAUCUCAGUAUUAUUUCUGCCUUAGGUCUGGAGAUCUGUGAAAUUUGUUGAGCAAUUCAAAUUAUUUAAAUACAUGCACAUUUCGAUA